GUCACGUGGGCGAUGGCCAGGUAAGAGGCGCGCACAAAAGCAAGCACGAGCGAGCAGCCAUUACGGGGCUCGUGCGACUGUUUUUUUCCCUCUUUCUUUCUUUCUUUUCUUUCUUUCUUUCUUUUUUUUUUUGCAUAGAGCUUGACACGCAAUCGAAAGGCCUUGGAGACAGCGCACUGCUUACCUGUUCUGAGGUGUGGGGGUGACUGGGGGCCCUUACUUCUUCACUGUCACCUGGGGAUUUAUUUGGGAUCAGGAUUUACAUUAUUUCUUUCUCAUUUUUACUUCUGUAUUUAAAAAAAAACAACAACAAUGACGGUUAAUCCUGAAUACCUGGUGCUGCUGUUCACCACGACGUCCGGCUCGAGUGGAGAACUCUUAGGCUCAGACGAGAAGGAAAUCGUUCAGAUGGUGUGGCAGGUCUUGAAUUUAAGCACUAAAAAGACUGGAGCAGUGAAUGAAGUGCUGGUGAAGCCGGAGAGUGUGGAGCUGACAGAGGAGUGCAGGGAGGUGAGCGGCCUCAGUGAGGAGGCCCUUUCAGCUGCUGCUCCACUUGAACAAGCUCUCAGUCAGUUUAACCAAAGGUUGCACUCAGAAAUAAGCACAAGUUCAGGGAACGCUUUCUGCCUCUGCACGGAUGGUCAGCUUCACCUGCGUCAGGUUCUGCAUCCGGAGGCUUCCAGCAAGAACAUCCUACUACCUGAAUGUUUUUUCUCAUUUUUUGACCUGCGGAAAGAGUUCAAGAAGUGUUUCCCAUCUGCGGCUGAUCUGAAGGACUUGGAUCUUAAGUUUAUGGCAGAUUACCUGAAUGUGAACGUGGAUUCUGUUAAUAACUUUACUGCUCUUAAGGUUCAUCAGAUGUCCAGCAUUGCUCUAGCACUCAUCUCUGAGCCUGAGUGUCAAAUGUUCUCGUGCCCUGAGAAAGUGAAUGAGAAGUUUGAAACUGGUACCUGCAGUAAGAUGGAGCGGAUAGAUGACAAUACUGUGAUCAGGGCUCGAGGCCUUCCCUGGCAAUCCUCAGACCAGGACGUUGCACGCUUCUUCAGGGGUCUCAACAUUGCCAAAGGGGGUGCUGCUCUGUGCCUGAAUGCCCAAGGCAGAAGGAAUGGUGAGGCACUUGUUCGAUUUGAGAGCAAAGAACACCGGGACCUGGCACUGCAAAGACAUAAACAUCACAUGGGCUCAAGAUACAUUGAGGUUUAUAAAGCAACUGGUGAAGACUUCUUGAAGAUAGCAGGAGGCACCUCUAAUGAAGUUGCGAAAUUCCUGUCACGGGAGAGCCAGGUGAUCAUACGCAUGCGGGGGUUACCAUUUACUGCCACAGCUGAGCAGGUGCUGCAGUUCUUCUCUCCAUCGUGCCCAGUGACGGAUGGCACAGAGGGUAUACUGUUUGUGCGCUUCCCUGAUGGCAGGCCCACCGGGGACGCUUUUGUCUUGUUCUCCUGUGAAGAGUAUGCAGAGAAUGCACUAAAGAAGCACAAGGAAAUUCUUGGCAAGAGGUACAUUGAGCUGUUCAAAAGCACGGCGGCAGAGGUGCAACAGGUUUUGAACAGAUAUUCUUCGGCUCCACUAAUUCCAGUGGCCCCCUCGCCUAUCCUGCCCCUAAUGGCCCAGCCUACAUUUGUGCCAUCGACAGUUGCUGCCAUACCUGGAACAAGGGACUGUCUGAGACUCAGAGGUCUGCCAUAUGACGCUACUGUUCAAGACAUUCUGCUUUUCCUAGGCGAAUACACAGCUGAUAUAAAACCACAUGGAGUACACAUGGUUCUCAAUCAGCAGGGCCGUCCAUCGGGUGAUGCGUUCAUCCAGAUGCGGUCGGCAGAAAGGGCGCAUGCCACGGCUCAGCGCUGCCAUAAGCGCAGCAUGAAGGAACGCUAUGUGGAGGUAUUCGCCUGCUCAGCACAGGAGAUGAACGUGGUGCUGAUGGGUGGCUCGCUCUCAAGGAGCGGCCUUUCGCCGCCGCCAUGUAAGUUACGACGUCUCACUCCUGCAUCUUACUCUUUCCCUCCUGUGGGGGCUGUACUUCCUGCUGGAGCAGUGCUUCCUGCAGGGUCGGUUCUUCCUGUGGAGGCCGCAGCACUCUACCCUUCCCAGUUCCUGAUGAGUCCCCGCCCAAUAGCACCAGCUACGUUCUAUCCGGCUAACAACCAGAUGUACGUAAACUACACCACCUACUAUCCAAGCCCCCCAGGAUCGCCACCCAAUAUGGGCUACUUCCCAGCAAGUACACACACACCUGGCUCUAUCCUUUCCAGCCCACAUCCAGCACUGAUCAGAAUGCAGGGCCACACCUCCACUCAUACCUACACCACCGGGGUAAAGGAAAUCCUCAGCAUGGUGCAGGCUUAUCAGCCCAGCAACAGUGAAGCCUUGGUUACUCUGCCCCCCCUGCUCUCAGCCAAACAACCUAUUGCAGAUCAGAGCCUCGGAGGAGGAGCCUAUCUGGACUUGCAGUUGAUAUAAACCGUCCCACUCAUGAAGCCACGUCCCUUUAUUGUAAAAGUUUGGCCCUCAGAAACAUAGCAUGUUUUUUCUCCUUCUAACUAUUUAUAUGAAAUUAUAAAAAGAAUAUAUUUGAAUUUUUUUGUAUAUAUUGCACAAUUUUACUGCAUUAGUAUAUAAAUUCUGCUUGUAGAUAAGUAGUAUUUCUGUCAGGAGAUGUUUGUGCCAUUGUGUGUGUGUACACAUGUUGGAAAGAAUAAUUGCUCAGGAAAAAAAAACAGAAUGAGCUUUUUUUUGCCUUCUGCAUUGAAUCAAACGUUCUAUUAUUAAUUUUUCAGGCAAAUUGGUAGAAAAAAAUGCAUAUCUUUCUGUAGAGGUCUCUAGGAGUGAGUGUGCGUGCGUAUGUGUGUGUGUGGUCUUUACAGUCUUCACACAUGCUGACGUGAAUGUUUGCCUGCAUGUAAUGUACGGGUGUUUAUGCUUUUAAUCCCAGCCGAUGUGACUCUACAGUUAGUAUGUGGCAGUGCAUAGGCAGUGCAUAUAGACAUCCUCAAGCUUGACUCUGCUUUUUUUUUUUUUUUUGAAGCUUCGACAAUGAAGUUCAAAGAGCUAUGUAACACGAAAUGUUUACAAAGGUAUGCCAUAUUCUUACACGUGGCAGAUUGCAGUAGGUUUGGAGCACAGGUGUCGUUGCUCACAGAAGUUUGCUUUAACCAUUUCGCCAAAAAAACGUUCAGGGUCAGAAACAGGAACAAGUACUUACUCAAUGUGUGUGCGUGCGCGCGCUCGUAUAGCUGUUGUGCCUCAUCAUUUAUAUACAUGUGUCAUCCUCAACCAUUUGAUGGAAAAACACUUGUACCAUUUAGUUUUAAUUGCUGUAAAUCUACUGACAUUUUUAUGUGAGCGUGUGUGCGCGUGUGUGUGUGUGUGAGAGAGUGAGUGGGUGCAAUAAUCAGUGUGUGUACUUACUGUGCUCAAUGAGUGUUUUGGGCCUUCUGGAACAGACAUACACACGUAUUUCAAAUUAUCCAGUUUGUUCGUGUGUGUAAUGUGAUUUGAAUUACAAGCCUGUUUCAACAUGCAGGCUUUUAUUUUUUUUUAAUGGCUAUGAUGCUCACAGCUUGUACUCACUGCUUUUUUUUUUUUAGUAAAGAUUUUUUGAGUAUGCCUAGAUUUUUAUAAAAUGUAGGAUUAAAAUAUUUUUCACUACAAUGAUGUAUCGUUUUAGUUCCAUGGAAUUCCUUCCCAGAUGUGCCAACAGGAAGUAGUACAGAAAGCACUACUUAAUUAUACCAGGAAAAUCUCAAUUUAUGCCAUAUCAGAUGUCAGAUAUUUGCUUGGCUACAAUGUUAUGGAGAAAGUGUUAUUUUAUUUUGGUAUUUUAUGUUAACUUAAAAAAAAUAAUAAAGUUAACAACUGUA